CUCCAUGUCAAAUCCAGCUUGGAGCACAGACCCAAGGACACGCAGGAGUUGGUGGGCCUGCUGGAUGGUCCCUCACUCAGUAGUCAUGGGUGGCAACAGUGGCCAGACUGGCAUUCACACCUAUAAAUCCCUAACUGAGGAAUGUCUCUCUGACUCCGUGGAUCCACCUAAAAGACCCACGGGCAGACUGGUCAUGCACAGCAUGGCCAUGUUUGGCCGGGAGUUUUGCUACGCAGUGGAGGCUGCUUACGUGACUCCAGUCCUGCUCAGCGUGGGCCUACCCAAGAGUCUGUACAGUGUGGUGUGGCUCCUCAGCCCCAUCCUGGGGUUCCUGCUGCAACCUGUGGUCGGGUUAGUCAGUGACCACUGCCAGUCCAGGUGGGGCCGGCGGAGACCCUACAUCCUGACCCUGGCUGUCAUGAUGCUCUUCGGCAUGGCUCUGUACCUUAAUGGGGAUACUGUUAUAGCAGCUUUGACUGCUGACCCAAGGAAGAAGCUGAUUUGGGCCAUAAGCAUCACCAUGAUGGGUGUGGUUCUCUUUGAUUUUGCUGCUGACUUCAUUGAUGGUCCCAUCAAAGCCUACUUAUUUGAUGUCUGCUCCCAUCAGGACAAGGAGAGGGGCCUCCACUACCAUGCCCUCUUCACAGGUUUUGGAGGUGCCCUGGGCUACCUUUUGGGUGCCAUAGACUGGGCCCACCUGGAACUGGGAAGAGUGUUGGGCACGGAAUUUCAGGUCAUGUUCUUCUUCUCUGCCUUGGUGCUGACGUUGUGUAUUAUUAUUCACCUGUGCAGUAUCCCUGAAGCUCCAAUCCGAGAUAUUGCAAAGGAUAUUCCCCCACAAAAAGCCCCCCAGAACCCUCUGCUGUCAUCAGACAAAAUUUUUGAGUAUGGUUCUAUCGAGAAAGUGAAAAACGGUUAUGUAAACCCAGAGCUGGCAAUGCUGGGAGGAAAAAACAAAAAUCUUGCUGAAAAGGCUCAGAGGGCAAUGACCAUGAAGUCACUGCUGAAGGCACUGGUGAGCAUGCCUUCCCACUACCGCUGCCUCUGCAUCAGCCACCUCAUUGGAUGGACUGCCUUCCUGUCCAACAUGCUCUUCUUCACAGAUUUCAUGGGCCAGAUUGUGUACGGUGGGGAUCCCUAUAGUGCACACAACUCCACAGAGUUUCUCAUCUACCAAAGAGGAGUUGAGGUUGGAUGUUGGAGCUUGUGCAUCAACUCCGUGUUUUCUUCACUCUAUUCUUACGUUCAGAAAACACUGGUCUCCUAUGUGGGAUUAAAGGGUCUUUACUUCAUUGGGUAUCUGCUGUUUGGCCUUGGGACGGGAUUCAUUGGGCUCUUCCCGAAUGUCUACUCCACCAUGGUCCUGUGCUCCUUGUUUGGUGUCAUGUCCAGCACCCUGUACACUGUGCCCUUUAACCUCAUUGCCGAGUACCACCGUGAGGAGGAAGAGGAGAGGCGGCAGGCCCUGAGUGGGGGCCCAGACAGCUGUGGGAGAGGAAAGGGCGUGGACUGUGCUGCCCUCACCUCCAUGGUGCAGCUGGCUCAAAUCCUGGUUGGAGGCGGCCUGGGCUUACUGGUCAACACAGCUGGAAGCGUCAUUGUCGUGGUGAUCACGGCCUCUGCAGUGGCACUGAUCGGCUGUUGCUUUGUGGCUCUCUUUGUGAGAUAUGUGGAUUGAGUCAAUAAAGAGACAUUGACCUUGACCUCAG